UCUCCUUGGCAACCCCCUCCUGAAGCCCGGUGUGAGGAAUGGUCAUAUGUCUGCGACUCGCCGAUUCGUCGAGGUGAGAUGCGUUCCCGCCCGGCCGGACAUCGGACUCAACAAGAAGGACAUGGGUGCGGGAAUCGAGACGUUCAACUUGAAGGUGUACAUGGCCGAUAAGGCCCGGCUGGUGAACGAGGCCCUGGACAUGGCCGUUCCCCUCCGCUACCCCCAUAAGAUCCACGAGUCCAUGCGCUACACCCUCCUCGCCGGCGGCAAACGCGUCCGCCCCAUCCUCGCCCUCGCCUCUUGCGAGCUCGUGGGCGGCGACGAGAGCGUCGCGGUCCCAGUGGCUUGCGCCACCGAGAUGAUCCACGCCAUGUCCCUCAUCCACGACGACCUUCCCUGCAUGGACAACGACGACCUUCGCCGGGGCCAGCCCACCAACCACCGAGCCUUCGGCGAGGACACCGCCAUCCUCGCCGGCGACGCCCUCCUCUCCCUGGCUUUCGAGCACGUCGCGGCGCGCACCACCGGCGUGCCGGCCGAGAGGGUCCUCUGGGCUGUCUCGGAGCUCGGGUCCACCGUGGGGUCGCAGGGGCUAGUCGGGGGCCAGAUCGUUGAUAUCGCGAGCGAGGGGAAGGAGGUGGACCUCGAGGUGCUGGAGUACAUCCACACCCACAAGACGGCGCGGCUUCUCGAAGCGGCGGCCGUGUGCGGGGCCAUCGUGGGCGGCGGUGGAGACGCCGAGGUGGAGAGAAUCCGGAGAUACGCGCGCUGCGUCGGGCUGCUCUUCCAGGUGGUGGACGACAUCCUGGACGUAACGAAGACGUCGGAGGAGCUCGGCAAGACGGCGGGGAAGGACCAGGCGAGAGACAAGACAACGUACCCCAAGCUGCUUGGCCUCGACAAGGCCCGGGAGUUCGCGCAGACGCUGAUGCGCAAGGCGAUGGACGAACUCGCGGGGUUCGAACGCCUCCGUGCCGCGCCGCUCUAUCAUCUCGCCCACGACAUAGCCAACCGGCACAACUGAGGCGGAUACUGUCACAUCGAUGCCACGUUUACGAUACAACGAAGGGAUUGUGUACGUCCGAACCUUCUAUCGCAAAUAGUUAAUUUAAAUAGUUAUGGUUUGACGUAAUAAAAGAUGAUAUUUGUUGUGAUU